AACCAUCUUAUGUGGUAGGUUUCAGGUAGAAUGAUAAGAAAUUGCCAACAUCUGACCCUUUGCUUUCAUGUGGUUCAACCUGAUAUCAUUUAUCCCCAUUUUGCAGAAAAGAGGCUUAUGAUGUGAUUUGCUCAAGGACACAUAAUGAGUUGCAAGACUAAAAUAAUAUUUGCCUAAGGUCACACUAGAAUGUAGGACUCCUCAUUCGUAAUCUGUUUUUCUUUCCAUUUCCAGAACCUUCCGUAGUCCCAGAACUCCAUUUCUGCCUGCCCCCAGGUUCUCUUCCUCCACACAUGAUAUCAAUAUCUCAUCGAUUAGGGCUUCUUUUGGCUGCCUGAGUAACAGGAUUUCUUGGCAUCCUUGGUUGAGAGCAUAUUAAGUCCACUGGCCUGGAGGGCAGGGGUUGGGUUUUGCAGGGACGGUCUAUAAGGGAGGUUGGUCACAAGCACUGCCUAGGAAAGAAAGGACCAGGGAUGAAGGGAGAUCAGUUUUAAGAGGUCUUUUGAGAUUAUGCCUUGCACUGGCACUCUUGACCAACGUGUUUGCCGCCACCCCCAGACUUUUAGGGACGAGAAAUUCCUAAGGGCAUGGACUUUGCUUCUAAAGUGAAGGGGACUGAUACUUUCUGAGCACUUUCCUGUGCCCAGCACCAUGCUGAGGACUUUAUAUUUGCUUUAACAACAACCCUGCAGGGUGGAACCAGGCUCAGAGAGCAGAAGUAACAGUGAUGGGAAUUAUGUGACCCCAGCUAUAAUGGAGGAAGAGGCUACAGGUGGCUGUAGGAAUGGAGGGUGAGGGAUGAAUUCACGCCUGGAGGUCCAGGGAUAUUCUAACUGAAGACAGGGUGUUUGAGCGCGGCAUCAUGGACAAGAUCCUGGAGGCGGUGGUGACAUCCUCGUACCCCGCGAGUGUGAAGCAGGGCCUGGUGCGGCGCGUGCUGGAGGCGGCGCGGCAGCCGCUGGAGCGGGAGCAGUGCCUGGCGCUGCUGGCGCUGGGCGCGCGCCUCUACGUGGGCGGCGCGGAGGAGCUGCCGCGCCGCGUGGGCUGCCAGCUGCUACACGUGGCCGGUCGCCACCACCCGGAAGUCUUCUCCGAGUUCUUCAGCGCGCGCCGCGUGCUUCGCCUGCUGCAGGGUGGCGCCGGCCCGCCGGGCCCCCGUGCUCUCGCCUGCGUACAGCUCGGUCUGCAGCUGUUACCCGAGGGGCCCGCGGCCGACGAGGUGUUUGCCCUGCUCCGGCGGGAGGUGCUGCGCACGGUGUGUGAGCGCCCGGGGCCCGCGGUCUGCGCGCAAGUCGCCCGGUUACUGGCGAGGCAUCCGCGCUGCGUCCCCGACGGCCCGCACCGCCUGCUUUUCUGCCAGCAGCUGGUGCGCUGCCUGGGUCGCUUCCGUUGUCCGGCCGAGGGCGAGGAGGGCGCCGUGGAGUUCCUGGAGCAGGCCCAGCAGGUGAGCGGGCUCCUGGCGCAGCUGUGGCGCGCUCAGCCCGCUGCCAUCCUGCCCUGCCUGAAGGAGCUGUUUGCCGUCAUCUCUUGCACAGAGGAAGAGCCUCCGUCUAGCGCCCUGGCCAGCGUGGUCCAGCACCUCCCAUUGGAGCUAAUGGAUGGUGUCGUCCGGAACCUCAGCAAUGAUGACAGUGUGACAGACUCUCAGAUGCUGACGGCCAUCAGCAGGAUGAUCGACUGGGUGUCGUGGCCCCUGGGGAAGAACAUUGACAAGUGGAUCAUUGCACUGUUGAAGGGCUUGGCCGCUGUUAAGAAGUUCAGCAUCUUGAUUGAGGUUUCGCUUGCCAAAAUUGAGAAGGUUUUCUCCAAGCUUCUGUACCCCAUUGUCCGGGGAGCUGCCUUGUCUGUCCUCAAGUACAUGCUCCUGACCUUCCAGCACUCCCAUGAAGCCUUCCACCUGCUCCUCCCUCACAUCCCCCCCAUGGUGGCCUCUCUGGUCAAGGAGGACUCCAACUCGGGGACCAGCUGCCUGGAGCAGCUGGCGGAGCUGGUCCAUUGCAUGGUCUUCCGGUUUCCAGGCUUCCCAGAUCUGUAUGAGCCUGUCAUGGAGGCCAUUAAGGACCUCCAUGUUCCCAAUGAGGACCGCAUCAAGCAGCUGCUGGGGCAAGAUGCCUGGACCUCGCAGAAGAGUGAGCUGGCUGGUUUCUACCCCCGGCUCAUGGCCAAGUCAGACACGGGCAAGAUUGGUUUAAUCAAUUUGGGAAACACAUGCUACGUGAACAGCAUUCUUCAAGCCUUAUUCAUGGCUUCUGACUUCAGACACUGUGUGCUCAGAUUGACAGAGAACAACUCACAGCCCUUGAUGACCAAGCUGCAGUGGCUCUUUGCCUUUCUGGAGCACAGCCAGAGGCCUGCCAUUUCUCCAGAGAAUUUCCUGUCUGCAUCCUGGACACCCUGGUUCAGCCCUGGCACCCAGCAGGACUGCUCUGAGUACCUGAAGUACCUGUUGGAUCGGCUACACGAGGAGGAGAAGACGGGGACCAGGAUCUGCCAAAAGCUCAAGCAGUCCAGCUCGCCCUCCCCACCGGAGGAGCCCCCCAGCCCAAGUCCCACCUCUGUGGAGAAGAUGUUCGGAGGCAAGAUUGUUACUCGGAUACGCUGCCUCCACUGCCUCAAUGUCUCCUCCAGGGAAGAGGCCUUCACGGACCUCUCUCUCGCUUUUCCCCCCACCGACCGCUGUCGCCGCCGCCGCCUGGGCUCAGUGAUGCUCCCUGCAGAGGACGUUGGGGUCGGGGACCCCCCGUCACCAUCCCAAGCCCAGGUUCCAAGCAGGGUGGGUUCUCGGAGGCAGAGGAAACAUUGCGUCACGGGGGAUGCCCCCGCUGCCGUCCUGGACAUUGAAGGUCUGGGCCCCCACGGACCUGGGGGGCAGAUCAGUGGGGAGGAGAAGGUGGAGAGGCAGGAGGAAGUGGAGGAGGAAGCUCGGGAGGAGGAGAGGCCCCGAGAGCAGGAGGAGGAGGAAGAGAAAGAGAAGGAGGCGGUGGCAGAGGAGGAAGAGAAGGCUGAGAAGGAGAAGGAGGCAGAGACCACAAAGGAGAAGGAAGAGGACGGCACGGGGCCAGGGAGCCAGAGGGGCACCGCCGGGGAGGGCUCCCGGUCCGUCCUGGACCUGGUCAACUACUUCCUGUCCCCCGAGCGGCUGACGGCGGAGAACCGCUACUACUGCGAGCCUUGUGCCUCGCUGCAGGACGCCGAGAAGGCAGUGGAGCUGAGCCAGGGGCCGCGCUACCUCAUCCUGACCCUGCUGCGCUUCUCCUUUGACUUGCGCUCCAUGCGCCGCCGCAAGAUCCUGGACGACGUCUCCAUCCCCUUGCUGCUCCGCCUGCCCCUGGCGGGGGGCCGCGGCCAGGCCUACGACCUCUGCAGUGUCGUCGUGCACUCGGGAGUGUCCUCGGAGAGCGGCCACUACUACUGCUAUGCCCGCGAGGGCGCCGCCCGCCCGGCCCCCUCUUUGGGCGCUGCGGACAGGCCCGAGCCCGAGAACCAGUGGUACCUGUUCAACGACACUCGGGUGUCCUUCUCUUCCUUCGAGUCCGUCAGUAAUGUCACCUCCUUCUUCCCCAAGGACACGGCCUAUGUGCUCUUUUACCGGCAGCGGCCUGGGGAGGGGUCUGAGACCGAGCCAAGCUCUCCCAGAGGUCGGGCAGAGCCCACCCUCCACAAAGACUUGAUGGAGGCCAUUUCCAAAGACAACAUCCUUUACCUGCAGGAGCAGGAGAAGGAGGCACGGAGCAGGGCGGCCUACAUCUCUGCACUCCCAGCAUCUCCGCACUGGGGGAGGGGCUUCGAUGAAGACAAGGAUGAGGACGAAGGCUCUCCGGGAGGCUGCAAUCCUGCAGGUGGCAAUGGCGGGGACUUCCACAGACUGGUCUUCUAAUGUGGACUCUUCCCCAGCCUGAAACCUCAGGGGAGGCCUUGACCCCUUCCCUCUGGGAACUGGGUGGGGACGGAGGUGCUCUGCCAGGUGGGGUCUUGAGGAGGCGGGAGAGGAUGCUUCUGGGACACCGGUCCUCAGCCUGAAGGGUCUGCAGAGACUCGGAUAUGGAGGUGAGCCCCAAGCCCCUGACACUGGGAUCAGCCCCUUUAAGAUUUUACACCCAAGUGUCCUGGUCAACUUGAAGCAGCUUCGAUGGACACUGUCUGGGCCUUGUCCCCCUGUCUCCCCAGCAGGGCUGAACUCCACAGCUCUAGUGUUUUGGCAUCAAGUAGCAUUUCCCUUUCUAGCUCCUUUCAGACAAUCCUAUUGCUCUCUACUAUAAAAAGCAGAGCAGCAAGUGGGGACCUGUGUGUCACAGCGGUGGCCACCUUCUUGUUUCUCUGAGGGGGGUUUCAGAGGCACUGUGUGUGGUUGCCUGCACCCGUUGUACUUUUUUGAGAGGAGUGGAGGUGGGAAGCAGCCUGGCACAGGAUCAGAGACGGUCUCCCUCCACACCAAACAGUGGUGCGUAGAGGGGAGGACAGUCCCCUCGUCACAGCGGGAGACCCUUAAUCCCCAGUCCCCCUCCCCCCUAGCCUGCCUCAGUGCCUGAGAUGCCACCUUUUGCAUCCCCUUUCUGGUGAAGAUAGAGAAUCCUUAUUUUACUGCAAAUGUGUUUGUGUUGCUCGCGAAGCCAUUGUCCGUCCUGAGGAAAGCUGGCUGGCUCAGCUCCUCAUCAGUUGGCUUUAGAGCGUGGCCUGGGGGCUGGUGGGGUGGGGGGUUGGUAGAGGAGCAGAUAUUGACCUCAUUGUGCCCUGACACUGCUGUACCCUUCUAAAUGGAGAGGAGAGACUCAGGGUCUCAAACAGGAAUAAAAAUAGGUUCUCUGAA